AUGAAGGCCUUUACACAGCUUCUUCCUCUCUUCGCUUGCCUGGGCUUGGCCGCGCCCAUCGAUUUGACCAAGUCAGGCCUCCACGAGUUAUUUGUUCGCCAGGAUAUUCAGACACCUAUCAAUGCAUCGCUUCCUAAUGUCACCAUCUUUGCAACAGGAGGCACCAUUGCUUCUCAAGGCUCCAGUAACACACAGACUACUGGGUACUCGGUCGGCCUCGGUGUCCAGCAAUUGGUUGAUGCAGUCCCAGAGCUUCUCAACAUAUCCAACAUUGCCGGCUAUCAGAUCUCCAAUGUCGCUUCCGGCAGCGUCAACGAGACCAUCAGCCUGAAACUGGCACACAUGAUCAACGAAGAGCUGGCAAAGCCCGAGAUCUCCGGCGUCAUCAUCACCCACGGAACAGACACCCUAGAAGAGACUGCUUUCUUCCUCGAAUCUACUGUGAACUCGACCAAGCCAGUGGUAUGCGUCGGUGCCAUGCGGCCAGCAACUGCCCUCUCGGCCGACGGACCCCUCAACCUCUACCAAGCCGUCGUCCUCGCCGGCUCUCCGGCUGGCCGUGACCGCGGCACUAUGAUCGUCUUGAACGACCGCAUCGGCUCCGCCUUCUACACCACCAAGAACAACGCCAACAGCCUGGACACCUUCUUCUCCACCGAGGCCGGCCAGCUCGGUACAUUCGUCAAUCAGGUCCCGUACUUCUUCUUCGCGCCUUCCGAGCCCGUCGGCCGCAUCGUCUUCGACGUCUCCAACGUGACUGACCUUGCUCAAGUCGACAUUCUGUACGCGCACCAGGAUAUGGAUCCCACUCUAUUCAACGCAUCGGUUGCCGGCGGCGCUGAGGGUAUUGUGUACGCCGGUGUCGGCGCGGGUGGCAUGUCCAGCAAAGCGAAUCUGGCAGCCGAGAAGCUGUACAAUGCGACUAGCAUCCCGAUUGUGGCAUCACAUAGGAGCACGGACGGUAUGGUGCCGCCGGGCACCGACUUCAUCAUCUCGAGUGGGUUCUACAAUCCGCAGAAGGCGAGGAUCUUGUUGCAGCUGGGUCUGACUGUGGGGUGGAGCAACGAGGAGAUCGCGGAGGCGUUUACGAAGAGUCUGCCGAUGCUGUGA